UUUAAACCCUCCACGUGUCCAUCCUCUCAAAAAAGAUAUUAUUAAAUUAAUAUCAAUCCCAACCUCCUUCACCAAUCUCCAUAUUUCUGACUCUGAUCUUCUCGUGAAUUGAACGAACGAAAAUGCCUUGAACUUUGAAUCAAUCAAUUUAGGCGACAUUUUCAUCUUCAUUGUCUGGUUUCCAUUUCGCGAUUGUCUCUAGCUUCAAUCUAGUGCUGGAAACUCAGUGAAAGCAUAAGAGGUUCAAUUACUGCUAAUGGGGAUGGGGAAAACCAAUGGAGUGUCAAAGCAUGAAAUUCCAUCAGAUAUUCCAGCUGAAGCACAUCCUCUGUCUGAGGAACCAAGUAAAAUCGCAUCCAACAUUAACUACCAUGCGCAGUUCAGCCCUCAUUUUUCUCCGUUGAAGUUUGAGCCAGAGCAGGCAUUCUAUGCCACUGCUGAGAGUGCUCGGGAUCGUCUCAUUAAGCAAUGGAAUGAGACCUAUCUUCAUUUUCACAAGUCUGAUCCUAAGCAGACAUACUAUUUAUCCAUGGAAUAUUUGCAAGGGCGAGCUUUAACAAAUGCUAUUGGAAACUUGAACAUCCAAGAUGCUUAUGCAGAUGCUUUGAAUAAACUUGGCCAUCAGCUUGAGGAAAUUGUUGAGCAGGAAAAAGAUGCAGCACUAGGAAAUGGUGGCCUUGGAAGGCUUGCUUCCUGCUUUUUGGAUUCUAUGGCUACCUUGAAUCUUCCUGCUUGGGGAUAUGGUUUAAGAUAUAGAUACGGCCUUUUCAAGCAGCGGAUUACCAAAGAUGGCCAGACAGAGCUUCCUGAAGAUUGGCUUGAGAAAUUCAGCCCUUGGGAGAUUGUCAGGCAUGAUGUUGUAUUUCCUGUCAGAUUUUUUGGUCAUGUUCAGAUCAAUCCUGACGGAUCACGAGAAUGGGUCGAUGGUGAGGUUAUUCAGGCUCUGGCAUAUGAUGUUCCAAUCCCAGGUUACAAGACCAAGAACACUAUCAGUCUUCGUCUUUGGGAAGCAAAAGCAUGUGCUGAGGAUUUUAAUCUGUUUCAGUUUAAUGAUGGGCAAUAUGAAUCUUCUCUACAACUUCAUUCUAGUGCUCAGCAGAUUUGUGCUGUUCUGUAUCCAGGAGAUACUACUGAAAACGGGAAGCUGUUGCGUCUGAAGCAGCAAUUCUUUUUAUGCAGUGCUUCACUUCAGGACAUCAUUUUCAGAUUUAAACAAAGGAAAGAUGGAAACAUCCCGCGACAAUGGUCUGAAUUUCCCAGCAAAGUGGCUGUGCAGCUUAAUGAUACCCAUCCUACACUUGCCAUUCCAGAACUUAUGCGUUUGCUUAUGGAUAAUGAAGGGCUUGGCUGGGAUGAAGCUUGGGAUGUGACAACAAGGGCUAUUGCAUACACAAACCACACUGUUCUUCCUGAAGCUCUGGAAAAGUGGUCACAAUCUGUAAUGUGGAAGCUUCUUCCGCGUCAUAUGGAGAUUAUAACUGAAAUUGACAAGCGGUUUGUGGAGAUAGUAUGUUCAACGAGGCCUGAUCUUGAGGACAAAAUCAACUCUAUGUCCAUCUUGGAUAAUAAUCCCCAAAAACCAGUAGUACGCAUGGCAAAUCUCUGUGUGGUGUCUUCUCAUACGGUGAAUGGUGUUGCACAGUUACACAGCGACAUCUUAAAAGCAGACCUAUUUGCAAACUAUGUCUCUAUAUGGCCUACCAAGUUCCAAAAUAAGACAAACGGUAUUACUCCUCGUCGAUGGCUUCGCUUUUGCAAUCCAGAGCUCAGUAAUAUAAUCACAAAAUGGUUGAGAACUGAUGAGUGGGUGACCAAUCUUGAUCUUCUUGUUAAUCUGCGUAAAUUUGCUGACAAUGAGGACCUCCAAUCUGAGUGGGCUUCUGCGAAAAUGGCAAAGAAACAACGCUUAGCAAAAUACAUACUUGACGUAACGGGUGUAAGCAUAGACCCCAAUAGCCUUUUUGAUAUACAAAUCAAGAGAAUUCACGAAUACAAAAGACAACUAUUAAAUAUCCUGGGAGCAGUUUACAGGUACAAAAAGUUAAAGGAGAUGAGCCCCGAAGACCGUGCUAAGACAACACCUAGGACCAUUAUGAUUGGUGGAAAGGCCUUUGCGACAUAUACAAAUGCUAUAAGAAUAGUGAAAUUGGUAAAUGAUGUGGGAGCUGUUGUCAACACUGAUCCAGAGGUCAAUAGUUAUCUUAAGGUAGUUUUUGUUCCAAACUACAAUGUUUCUGUGGCAGAAGUGCUUAUUCCUGGAAGUGAGCUAUCACAGCAUAUCAGCACUGCUGGCAUGGAAGCCAGUGGAACAAGCAACAUGAAAUUUUCCCUCAAUGGAUGUCUCAUAAUAGGAACACUGGAUGGAGCUAAUGUUGAAAUCAGAGAAGAAAUUGGAGCAGAUAAUUUCUUUCUUUUUGGAGCAACAGCAGAUGAAGUUCCAAAGCUUCGCAAGGAUAGAGAGAAUGGCCUGUUUAAACCAGACCCUCGUUUUGAAGAGGCUAAACAAUUUAUAAGAUCGGGGGCUUUUGGAACUUAUGAUUACAAUCCACUCCUUGAAUCUCUUGAAAGCAAUACUGGAUAUGGCCGAGGAGACUAUUUCCUUGUUGGUCAUGACUUUCCAAGUUACAUGGAUGCUCAAGCUAAAGUUGAUGAAGCAUACAAGGAUAAGAAAAAAUGGCUCAAGAUGUCUAUACUAAGCACUGCUGGGAGUGGAAAAUUCAGCAGUGACAGGACAAUUUCUCAAUAUGCGAAAGAGAUUUGGAACAUAGAAGCAUGCCCUGUACCAUUCAAGAGGGGAUGAUUGGACUGAAAAUAUUUCACUUUGUAUAAGUGUGAAUAUGACCAGCACUCAAAGCUAAAGUUGAAACAUCAACAAAUUCUGGUUUAAAACGCGGGAUAUUACCAUGAAUUGCACUGGCCAGAUAGUCGUCUAAAUUUAAGUUAAAGCCUUAUCAUAUUCGGUUCUAUAUUUGUAAUAAAAUUUCCGCACAAUUGGUACUUUGUAUAAGGUUUGUUUCAAUAUGCAUUUCUCCCACUCUGUUACUUUAAUCAAAUUAGUUACGUUCAUCUAGA